AUGGGAUCUCUCCUUGGUGAAAGUGAUAUUGGUGAUGGUGCCGCAAAUCAAAUUCACGAUGUCUUUGCAAAACUUCCAGAUGCGAGCGGCUAUACCUGUCUCAUUGGGUUUACCGGCAUAUUGCUUUUGACCAUCCUUGACCAAGCUGGCAAGAGGUGGGGAAAGAAGAACAAAAUUGUCUGGUUCCUGUCUAUCACUCGUGCAUUCAUCACUCUUCUCAUUUACACUGGUGUUGGUUACGCAGUCAAUAAGAACCGCGACAGUGAUGACUAUCUAUUUGCGGUUGUUCAGGUCAAGUCAAACGGCCAAGAACCACCUCGAGUGCCUAGUUCUGACCUCAUCGCUAAAGUUGCGAGCCGAAGCAUUGCUGUGUUCAUCGGCGCGGCUGUCGAACACACAGCGAUUGCAAGAGCUUUUGGAGUCAAGAAUGACUAUGUUCCUGAUCAAAGUCAAGAACUCUGCUAUUUUGGAGUGGCAAACUUUUUCAACAGCUUCUUCCAUGCCAUGGGUGUCGGUGGCGCCAUGUCUCGAACCGCACACGGACCCGAGUCAGAACGGAACUGGUCUGUUGUUGCCGAGAAGCGCAUCGCCCGCUUGCGCAAGCGAGCGAACGUGUAUGAUAUUGGAAGUCUGCCACCCAUCGGAUUGGUUAUACUUGACUUCGGAAAGGUAAACCAUAUCGACACGACGGCGGUCUCUCAUCUGGGAAAUCUAUUCAACGAGAUUAGGAAAUAUGGUGGAAAGGGAGUGGAGAUCCGCUUCGUCAACGCAUCUGACUACGUGCGCCAACGCUUUGAAAGGGCCGGUUGGAGCAUUGUCGACGCCGACACGUCUGUUGAUGACGAAGAGUCUGUCACAAGAGUAUAUCGGAGUGUGUUGCACGCAGUCGCAGCACCUCGAACGAGGCUCCACAGUGGUCACGAUUCAGAAGAUGUCGAGAAGCUAGAGAAAAUGGGAACGAAUAAUGAGGCUAUUGCUACCCAUGAAGAGAAAGUCUGA